AUGAAUGUUUUAUAUAGUUUACUUUUCAUAUUUAUAUUAAAAAUUGUAAAAAAUAUACAUAUAAGAAAAAAAAUAAACUUCUUAAAUAAUUCAUAUAAAAUAAAUAAAAAAGAAACAAUAAAUUUUAGUAGAAAUUUUAGAAAAGUAAGGAAUAGAAACAGUAAGCUGCAUAUGUCAUUAUUUGAAAAGUAUGAUGAAAAAUGUAUUAAAGCUCUAAUUAUCGCUAGGGAGGUUGCAAAAAAUGAUGAUGAAAAUGAAAUAUUAUUAAAACACCUUCUUAUUGCAAUAGUAAAGACUGAUUCAGAUUUGAUUGAAAAUGUUUUAAAAUAUUUUAAUAUUUCUCUUACAAAAUUCUUAGAUAAAUUUAAUAAUAUGGAAAUAAGUAAGUUACAGAAAGAAAAUAAUAAAAAAGAUGGAUAUAAUGAAGCUAUUUCUUACAAUAUAUUGCAAAAUAAUACUAAUGAAAAUACAAAGAAAAAACACGUUAUAGGGAAUAUGAAUAGUUCUAUAAAAGAGGAAGAUAUUGAAAAUAAAGAUGAUCAAAAUUUCAACAAAAAAAUAAGUGAUUUGAUUAUUAAACAUAUAAACGACAUAGAACAUAAUAUACAGCUAUUAAAAAAUUCAGAUAAAGAAAAGAAUAAUAUUUAUACAACUGAUAUUAAUGAUAAUAAUGCUACUAAUAGUGUUAAUAAUAAUAGCACUAAUAAUGUUAAUGAUAGUAGUGUUGAUGAUAUUAAUAGUAAUAUUACUGAUAAUGUUAGUUAUAUUAGUACUGAUAAUGUUAAUAAUAGUAGUACUGAUAAUGUUAGUAAUAGUAGUACUGAUAAUGUUAGUAAUAGUAGUACUGAUAAUGUUAGUAAUAGUGUUAGUGAUAGUAGUACUGAUCAUGUUAAUAGUAGUAGUAAUUAUAAAUAUGAUAUGAACUCAAGUGAUGAUAAAAGUCUAAAUGGUAAUAAAAAGGAUGAAAAAAAAAAAUCAGAUAAAAUAAAUUCCAAUAUAAAAUUUUCAGAAAUUUGCAAAUUAGUUCUUCAAAACGCAGUUAUAGAAGCAAAGAAAAAAAAAAAAAUUUUUGUUAAUAUUAUUGAUAUAUUAUUAUCCCUUAUAAAUGUUGCUGAAGAAAGAAAUAAUGAUUUUUUAAAAUAUUUAAAUGAGCUAAACAUAAGUGUAAAUGAAUUUAAAAAUCAAUUAACAACUUAUGAUGAAAUUAAUGCUGUUGUCCCUUUUAAUAAAAACAUGAAUGACAUGAAUAUAAAUACUCCAAACAAUGAAUAUAAUAAUCAAAAAACACAUAAUAUGAGUAAUGAUCAACCAAAUCAAAUAGUAAACGGAAUAAACAAUGAAUAUCUAAAUCAGUCUAAGGAUUAUAAAAAUAAUGAUGAAAAUAAUUUUGCACCAAACAAUAAAUUAAUAAGCUCUUCUUUUAUGAAGGACUGUUUAAUUGAUAUGGUUCAAUUAGCACAAGAAAAGGGAGAUGAACAUUUUUUUGGGAGAAAAAAGGAGAUAAAAAGAAUAAUAGAAAUAUUAGGAAGAAAAAAAAAAUCAAAUCCAUUAUUAAUUGGAGAAAGUGGUGUAGGAAAAACAGCAAUAAUUGAACAUCUUUCUUAUUUAAUUUUAAAGAAUAAGAUACCUAAUCAUUUAAAAAAUUGCCGAAUUUUUCAAUUAAAUGUUGGUAAUAUAGUGGCUGGUACAAAAUAUAGAGGAGAGUUUGAAGAAAAAAUGAAACAUUUAUUAUUAAAUAUGAAUAAAAAGAAGAAAAAUAUUUUAUUUAUUGAUGAAAUUCAUGUUAUUGUUGGUGCAGGAAGUGGGGAAGGAUCAUUAGAUGCAUCUAAUUUGUUAAAACCUUUUCUUUCUUCAGAUAAUUUACAAUGUAUAGGAACUACAACUUUCCAAGAAUUUUCUAAAUAUAUUGAAAAUGAUAAAGCAUUAAGAAGACGAUUUAAUUGCAUUACUAUAAAUCCAUUUUCACCUAAGGAAACAUACCAAUUAUUAAAAAAAAUAAAAUAUAAUUAUGAAAAGUAUCAUAACAUUUAUUACACUAAUGAAUCUUUGAAAUCUAUUGUUUUAUUAUCUGAGGAUUAUUUACCUACAUUAAAUCUUCCUGAUAAAGCAAUUGAUAUAUUAGAUGAAGCAGGAGCUUAUCAAAAAAUCAAAUAUGAAAAAUAUAUGAAACAAAAAUCAAAGGAGAAAUUUUUGGAAAAAUCGAAAAUUUCCAUGAAAAAAGAUGAGAAUGAUAUGAGAAAACAAAAAAUAGAAAAUAAUAAUAAUAAAAUAAAUAAAGAAGGAUACAUUAAAGAAGAAAGUAAUAAUGAAUUAAUAAAUAAAGAAGAAGAAUUAGAAGAAAAAAAUAAUGAUAAAAUAAGCAAAAUUGAAGAUUUUAAAGAAGAAAAAAACGAUGAAGCAAUGAAUUUGCUUGAAAAUAUGCACAUGAAAUAUGUCACGUCAGAUGUUAUAGAAAAUAUAGUAAGUAAAAAAUCUUCUAUUUCGUUUAUUAAAAAAAAUAAAAAAGAAGAGGAAAAAAUAUCAAAGUUAAAAGAAAAAUUAAAUAAAAUUAUUAUAGGACAAGAAAAAGUUAUUGAUAUAUUAUCAAAAUAUUUAUUUAAAGCGAUUACAAAUAUUAAAGAUCCUAAUAAACCUAUUGGUACCCUUUUAUUAUGUGGAUCAUCAGGAGUUGGUAAAACCUUAUGUGCUCAAGUUAUAUCAAAAUAUUUGUUUAAUGAUGAUAACUUAAUUGUAAUAAAUAUGAGUGAAUAUAUUGAUAAACAUUCAGUUAGUAAAUUAUUUGGUAGUUAUCCAGGUUAUGUAGGCUAUAAAGAAGGAGGAGAAUUAACCGAAAGUGUAAAAAAAAAACCUUUUUCUAUUAUUCUUUUUGAUGAAAUUGAAAAGGCACAUAGUGAAGUUUUACACGUUUUAUUACAAAUACUAGAUAAUGGUUUAUUAACAGAUUCCAAAGGAAAUAAAAUUUCUUUCAAGAAUACAUUUAUUUUUAUGACAACUAAUAUUGGUUCUGAUAUUAUUACGGACUAUUUUAAAUUAUAUAAUAAAAAUUAUUCAAAUUUAGGAUUCAAGUAUUAUAUAAAGAAUAAAACAAAUGUAAACACAAAUUCUUCAAAUGAAGAAAAUAAAAAAUACAGUAAAAGAAGUACAAAUGAACUUAAUGAAGAAGAGAAAAAAAAUAAUAAAAGCUAUAUGAAUAAUUAUAUUGAAGAUUUUGAAGAAAAAUUACGAAGUAAUAAGUGGUAUGAAGAAUUGGAACCAGAAAUAGAAGAUGAAUUAAAAAAAAGAUUUUUACCAGAAUUUUUAAAUAGAAUAGACGAAAAAAUUAUAUUUCGUCAAUUUUUGAAAAGAGAUAUUAUUAGUAUAUUAGAAAAUAUGAUUGAUGAUUUAAAAAAGAGAAUAAAAAAAAGAAAAAAUUUAAACUUAAUUAUUGAUAAAGAUGUAAUUAAUUAUAUAUGUAGCGAUGAAAAUAAUAUAUAUGAUAUGAACUUUGGUGCUAGAUCUAUUAGAAGAGCUUUAUAUAAAUACAUUGAAGACCCAAUAGCUUCUUUUCUUAUUUCUAAUUUAUAUGAACCUAAUGAUUCGAUUUCUUUAAACUUAUCUAAAGAUAAGAAAAUAUAUGUCAAGUUAUUAAAAACCUCAGUUAAACAACUUUCAUAA